AUGGCCGAUCUAACAACUUCAAUGGAUCACCAAGUAAUGUUGCAUCAGGUAGCAACAAUACCAAGUCUGCCAACGGUACCAACAACCGUUUUCAGAAGAACAAGAAGUAAACUUACCAGUAGGUGGACGUCUGUUCCACCACAAACAAGUUUGGAAAAAAUUGGGUCUUCCAAACUUUUGUCAAGAGGUCGUAAAUGGAUUAAAAGUCCAUCUGCUUCCAAACUUCAAGCCGAUGCUAAACCCAAUUCCGAUUUCAAUUCCAGAGGGUCCGAAAUCAGAUUGCAUCACAAAGGAAGUACAAGACUUGUUAUUAGACGAUGCCAUCGAACAAGUACUUCCAAACCGUUAUUCAAAGCGCGUUUUUUACUCCAACGUGUUAACAGUUCUAAACCAAUGGAAUGGAAAAGAAAUCAGUCUGUUUCCAAGUUACGACUAUGUUCUUACAACCGAUGCCUCAGAAUCAGGUGCAGGUGCCUCUCUCAAGAAAGGAAACAAGGUAAUCAAAACUUGGUCAUUCCAGUGGUCAACAACUCAAUCAAACAUGUCGUCAAAUCGUCGAGAAAUGCUCGCGCUGUUAAUGGCUUAUCAAGCGCUUUGUCAGAAACUGAACAACUGCAAGCUGAAGAUUCAAACCGACAAUACUACCACUCUCUCUUACAUCAAUCGCCAGGGUGGUCAGAUACAAGAUCUCUCAGUUCUGUUCGAACAACUUUGGAAACAAUGCCUCAAGAAGAAAGUGAACUUGAUUGGAGAGCAUAUUCCAGGAUUCUUCAAUGUAAAAGCCGACCACCUCAGUCGUCUUUCAGAUAUGAAUCACAAAUCAUCGACCAGAGUAAUCAAGAGUUACAACUGGCAACUGAAGAAGAAAGUGUUCAAUCGCAUCCAACUUCAAUUCGGUCAAAUACAGAUGGAUCUGUUCGCAUCUCACCUCAACCAUCAAACGAACAACUACUCAACAAUAAGAAUGAAUGCACUCCACCUCGAUUGGAGUCAAUAGAAGCAAUGUCUAGCCUUCCCACCACCCAUUCUUUUGCCUUCUAUCCUGGAGAAGAUGAACUCAUCCAGUUCGAAGAAGGUUUCCAUAAUACUGAUCUUCCCAAUCUGGAGAUCAGCAACUUGGUAUCCGAUGAUUCAAGCUCAAGUUCCUCGUCAUCAUCGUCACAUGUUUCCUCAAGUACCGAAUCGAUUUGUAAUCCGAGAAAUGUAAUUGAUUGA